UUUACAUCUAAGAUGGCGACGGAGGGACCCAAAAAGUUAAAGUACACCAUUCAUAAAUGCUCCAGUUACGCGGGUUCUUAUUUGCCAGAAAAUAUUUUAGUUGAUAAGCCGAAAGAUCAGUUUUCAAGAUGGUCGUCCGAUUCGAAUUACCCUCCUCAAUACUUGACACUGAAACUUGAGAGACCUGCGAUAGUGGAAACUAUCACGUUUGGCAAAUAUGAGAAGACACACGUAUGUAACAUGAAAAAGUUCAAGAUAUUUGGGGGCCUCUCAGAUGAACACAUGUUAGAACUUCUGGACAGCGGGCUCAAGAAUGAUCACCUAACCGAAACAUUUACUCUAAAGCACACCAUUAACGGAAAUGCAUUUCCUUGUCGAUACAUCAAAAUUGUACCUAUUCAGUCAUGGGGGCCAAGUUUUAACUUCAGCAUUUGGCAUGUUGAAUUAAGAGGUGAUGAGGAUAAGGACUUGGUGAUGUCGUCUGCCAAAUGGUUCAGUGCUUUCAGGGAGAAAGAGGCAAUACGCUUGUGCCUGAAGCAUUUCCGCCAGCAUAAUUACUCGGAGGCAUUUGAGUCGCUUCAGAAGCGAACCAAAGUGCAGCUGGAAGAUGCUCUGUUGACGAGGCUGCAUGAGCUAAUGGUUCAGCAGGGAGACUUUGUUGCCUGUGAACAGCUUCUCGAGGCUGCUGCCAAUGAGGGAGUUUUUAACCAGUACCUGAAAAACGAAGAAUACAAGCCAAAGUGGACACUAAUCCUCUCCGUGGAUAAGCCCGAUGGCAAAAACCGUCCUGGCAUGCGUGGUGGGCAUCAGAUGUGCAUCGAUAUCCAGACAGAAACCCUGUACCUGUUUGGUGGCUGGGAUGGCAUGCAGGAUCUUGCAGAUCUAUGGUCCUUCCAAACUUCUACAGGGUUGUGGACGUGCUUGUCUAGGGACACUGAAGCCGAGGGUGGCCCCAGCGCACGUUCCUGCCAUAAAAUGUGUCUGGAUCAAGACCGUAAAAAAAUUUUCACACUUGGUCGAUACCUGGAUUCCGCCGCCAGAACGACGGAGUGCUUGAAGAGUGAUUUCUACGUGUACGAUAUUGAGACAAAUAAAUGGACGCUAAUAACGGAUGACACGGCUGCAAUGGGUGGCCCGCAGCUCAUCUUCGACCACCAAAUGUGCAUGGAUGUAGAAAAGAACACCAUUUAUGUUUUUGGUGGAAAGGUACUUACAAGCUCUCAGAACGUUGAGGAUAGAGCUCUGGAAACUUCCUUCAGCGGUCUUUUCGCAUACCAUGUGCCAACCAACACGUGGCACAAGUUGCGUGACGACUCCACAGCAGCAGGUCCACAGGAAGUUCGAGCAAGGAUAGGUCACUCCAUGCUGUUCCACGAGAAGUCUCGCCUGUUGUACAUAUUUGCUGGGCAGAGGUCGAAGGAGUAUCUCACUGAUUUCUUCACAUACAAUGUGGACCUGGAUCAGGUCAACAUUCUCUGUGACGGGCAGAAAGUUGAAGUGCCAGCAGCUGGAUUCACCCAAAGAGCAACAAUAGAUCCAGAGUUAAAUGAGAUUCACGUUCUCUCGGGAUCAAACAAAGACAAAGAGAAACGAGAGGACAAUGUGAAGAAUUCCUUCUGGAUCUAUGAUAUCAACCAGAACAAAUGGUCCUGCAUUUACCACAGUGACUAUGGCCAGCAGGCGUCCACUAAGGAGAGCAACCAGGAGCCAUGCCCAAGAUUUGCUCAUCAGCUCGUUUAUGACCACGUGCGGAAGGUCCAUUACCUUUUCGGUGGCAAUCCAGGCCGUCCAAACAGUCCCAAAGUCCGUCUUGAUGACUUCUGGUCCUUGCAACUCUGUCGGCCGUCCAAGGAACUCCUGUUGAGGCGUUGCAAGCACCUUGUUCGGCAACACUGCUUCCGUGAGAUCACUUUUGAAAACCCCUUGUCGGCACUCAAGUACCUCCAGACAGAACUCGCAGACACUGUUGACCACGGCAACCCUGAAGAAGAAAGAGAGUUUCAGCUUCAAGCAUCUAGUCUUUUCCAGCACCCUGAAGCUAAUAAAGAUGACACCAUGGCAGUUACAUCACUGGGAGACGGUGCUGACGUGGACUUCAAGUUCCAACUCCGCACACACCUGUUUGACACCAUCGUAGAAUUUUUUCCCGACUCAAUGACCCAGCCCAAGGGGAACCUAGCAGACUUGGUCUUCCUCUGAGAAAUAAAGCGGCUCCAAAUGGUAUUUUUAUUAGCAAUCUAGCUACAAGAAAAAGACUGUCUACGUGUGGCACCCACCAGGGUCACGGACUGCCAAUAGUCUUUAGCGCAUGUUUAUGCUGUAAGGUGCUUUGCUUCUUGUCAUUUUCAGUUACGUGUCCUGCUGGCUCUUUUUUCUCUUGCCUUAGGUAGGUAAUAGAUUCAGUGUCAAGGUGCAGCACUGUUGUACCGUUUAGCCUUGAGUUUUAAAAAUCCAGAGAAAUGUAAUAUAUUUUUACUGCCAACAAGAGAACUUGUACGUGUGCAUUGUAUCUGUGAGUCUUGUGAAGUGUAUUUGUGUGUGGAUGGUCUUGUGUUGCCCCAUGUUUGUAACUGUCUAUCCCGAUUGUCAGCAGAAUUUUUACAAGCUGAUUUCUCGCACUUGGGUUACAAACGGGGAUCUGAGCUUAUCAGACCUUGUUUACGGAGUUUGCGGAGACGAAGAAUCGGGUCUGUUUGAGACGUGCCAGCACGUCGGAAUCGCACCAGCACUAAUACGGAAAAACUCACUUUUAUAGGCUGUCCCUGUUGUUUGCAAAUUAAUUCCUCUCCUUCCCUCUAUAAAAUCCUUUUUGCAUUGUCUGAAGAAAGUUUAGUCUAUAACGUGGAUAUGUAGUAAGAUGACCAUCCUUUUUUUGUUUGUUUGCUUACAUUAGAAGUGAGAAAGACCACAAAAAUUGCUGUUUUCCAUGUUGUUCAAUUUACCGUCAAAGACAUUUAGUUCUUCCAGUGGCCUCCACUUGCUGUCAUCAAUAUGGAUUGAUAUUUUCUUUUAGUAUAUAUGUGCAAAUGUCACACUGUAAAUAUAUUAUCACAUGCUGUAAAUAACAAUGUCAGUUUUGAACAUCGGAUAGCGGUUUGAUCGUACAGUGUAUGUCCUAGGUUUAACUCAAAUUCCUAUCCGUGUGCACAUGGAAUAUGGGUGCAAGGACUCAGUAGAAGGCGAGGGCACCUAACCACAUUCAGUACUAGAUGGAAAUGUCCCUUCAGAAGCCUUAGCCUCUCACUUAGAUGACAUGCAAAGGCGCAUAAAUGUGAGGUUGCCAAGGGCAUUCAACCAGUGUGAUUUGCAGAAGCAAUGUUUGUUUUUGUAGUCACAUCUUAGCACAAAGUGAAGUGUGUGAGAGCAUGUGGUAUAUGUCGACGGCUACACUUCUGUAUUGCUUCUCCUUGUUGUAUGCCCUAAUAAUUGGUAUAAGGGCAGAAAACGUUGCUGUUCCCCAGCAACUUUUUUUGUUGUUGUUGUUGAACAAGUAAAUCCCCCUAGACCUUAUAGGAAUUACAAAUGCCCCUGUAAUUCAAAUACAUGCAUUUCUAGGGCAGUACUACCAGAUAUGUAUUGUUCCACAUAAUGCCUUUGGACCCGUUUUGGUACGGCUAGGCUUAAACAUGGAGAGAAAGCAAUAACUGGAUUCACCGUCACGCAAAAAAUCCUGCCUAAAAAUCUUAUGGUAGAAAAGAUAUUCCACAAAAACAAUUUGCUGCAAGUACAUAGAUCUACCCAUUCAGCUGUUGGAAAUUGAGGGUAAUUUGGAUUUUUUUUUUGUUUGGACUCUCACAAAUUGCUGGUGGAAGCAAAACGAGUGAUACUCCCCAGCCCUUCCUCAACAGAACCCUGUUUUGCAAAUCUAUGCUGCUGCUAAAUGCUAGAUCACUCAGAAAAGAAAAAAUGACAUCCACUUCAUGUUUCCACAACGCUCUUGCUAGCUCAGUGACCAAGCAGAGCAAUUUUUUCUGCUUGCCAUUUGGUUUCUCUGUAGAUUGGUUCACUGAAAAAAUAUAAAUAUGGAAACGUUGUAGCUGUUUCAGAAGCCUUUAGAGUUUUAGUCAUUACCCAGGGUCUGCCACUUGGUGUGUCAUUAUUGAUCUGUGUGUGGGAAGUCCUGAAUUUACUUGCUGUAUGAAUAACAUUGCUUCAACAAAGAGAGCGGUGGUGGGCUGGUCAUUUUCUUCAAGCCCUGACGCAGUGUGUACCAGUGCUCUGUCGUUUUAAGUUGCCAAUCCCGGUGUUCCCUUCACUUGCCCUUUAUAAUUCUCAAGCAACACGUGAGGCCUUUGUAUGAAAGGCGGUCUGUUUUUGGUUGUGUAAUUUUCCCAUGUUCUCUUUCUUAAUGUUAUAUAUUUCACUUGGCGUGUUGUGCGAACUGCACAUUAACUCAUUUGCACCUGCGUGAUCCAUCUCAAAUUUGGCAAACAAAUAAAUUUUUUGCACAAACUGUU